AAUGCAGAUGACCUGUAUUAUGUGUCAAAUUAAACGUUUGUCCUCUGCCCUGGCAUUUUUAUGUUUUUCAUGUGUUAUUGCAUCUUACAAUGUCACCGAUGAUAUUAUAUUUGACUUUAAAUGGCUAGGGGAUUCUAAACAACCCAGGGAGGUACUUCUUGUUUUUUUAUCGACGGUCUUGAUAGAAAAGUGAUGUUGUGAAAAUAAGAACAACAAUUGGAGAGGAUUACGAAUGCUUUAUACCUAUGUUAUUCCAUAACACAGAAGAAGACGAGGCCAAAAACACAGAUUCGGUUGAUGAGGAAACCCUGCUACAGCCUUUGUUUACGGAGCAACCGUGUAAUGUCAGAUCAGAGGCAUAUUGGAGUUAUGAACUUUGUCAUAAUCGACAUAUAAAACAGUUUCAUGAGGAAAGGAGAUUGGAAAAGAAUCCUCCCGUCCAAGAAUUUUACCUGGGACACUAUUAUCCAAAUCCUAAAAUGGGGAAAGACCGACCAAGCAAAGACAACCCACCAAGUACAGUUACUCUUGGGGAACACUCAUAUCCUUACUAUGGAAUCAAUUAUAUUGAUGGAACUUUGUGUGAUCUAAAUCAGGAGCAUCGUACAGCAACUGUUAUGUAUAUAUGCCAUGAAAGUGUCACUGGACAGAUCGUUGAUGUGUCUGAAAUCCGAACAUGUCAGUAUCAAGUGGUUUUUGCCACGAAGUUUCUAUGUUCAAACCCUCUGUAUAAGCAAAAGCGUGCCCAUACCAAUCCAAUUUCAUGUCACUCAAAAAACAGUUCACCAAGUAAACCGUCGGCAUUAGUUGCUUUGGAGGCAGAACGGAAGAAGUUUCAGUCUCGUAGCUUUACUGACCUAGCUGCCCUUCUUAGCAAUGCUUUUAAAUCGAAGGUUAAGAUCAGUGCAAAACAUGGUAAAGAUGUGCUUUUUUACCAAGUAAAUCCGGCUGAUGAUCCUGAUGAUGAAAGCACUUCUCAGGUCGAUAAUACAAAAACUAAUGUCAAUGAUGAUGCUAAAAAUAGUCACGGUAGUUCAAGUUUUUCUGAUUUAGAUGUUGUAAAUCAAGUGUCGUCUAGCUUGAAAACACCAUCAUCAACAUUACCUAAGAUUAACCCAUCUAUAAUGAAAUCUGUCAAUGAUAAUCAGGUUAUGGAAUUUCUUCAAGGAAAACUUUGUUUAACUGGUAAUUUAGGUUGGUGGACAUAUGAAAUAUGCUUCAACAAGUUUAUAAGACAAUAUCACCUGGAUGCAAAUACAAAAAAACUUCAAGAAAUUCGUCUUGGCCAUUGGGAUUUAGACGCACAUUUAAAAUGGUUUGAAGAGAAUAAUGUUAAAAAACAAAAAUCUUCCGGUAGUUCUAAUAGACAAAUUUCACUAUACUAUGGUCAAGGUGAUUUGUGUACAGAAACUAACAAACUUCGAGAAGUUGUGGUAAAAAUGAAAUGUUUACAUUCAACAAGUAAAGAUAUUUACUUGUCAUUCUCUGAGCCUUCAAAGUGUAUAUAUUCAAUGUCGGUUGAAAGUUCUAUGUUUUGUGAUUUGAUUCCAUUGGCUGAUGAGAAUGAUAUUCUCCCGUUAGAUAAAGUUUAAUUUAAAUAUCUGGAUUAUUAUCGAUGCUGUUAAUAUGGGGGGGACGGGGUAAUAAAGAAAACAUUGUCCUUAUCGUUAUUAUUAUUAUUACUGUUAUUCUGUUUUUAUAUAUUUUCCGUUUAUUUUUCUGGCAAACUUAUAGAUUCUAGUGUCUAUUUAGAUGUACACCUAUGUACUGCACACACACACACACACACUGGCCUUAUAAACUUUUCUUCCUUUUUUUUAUCCAUCAACUUUUCUUAUUCAUUUUGUUCUAUUUUAAAAUUGCACCACUUAAGUAACAAUAUACUUAUAACCUAAGAGCUUUCACUAUGUUUAUUUCACUUCAUUUAAUUAACAUGACAUAUUUCUAUUUAAUUUCAUAUAAAAUAUAGUAGUUACUUUUCUUCUUUAACAACAAUUUAUUUUUAUUGAUAUAUAUUGGUUGAUUGUAACCAGAGUCAACUUUGCUCUGUUUCACAUUGAAAUAUGUCAAUAAUUAAAAAUUAUAGUCUUUAUAUAUGUUC